GGCCUUGGGGCUCCUCCUCGGACUCUUCCUUUCUUCCUUUCGCGCUCCCUCUUUCCCUCGUGGGACCUCCUUUCUCCUCUCGCCUUCUCGAAGGGAAAGAGAACCCGAGUUGGUGGCUUCCGAAGAGAAGUGGAGGGAGCUUUUGGUCCCAUGAAUGAACCUCUGGAUCUGGAGUCGGGUUUGAGUCGGGCGGAUUCUUUGCCUCCCUGGCUCUUUCCUCCUGGAAGUUUGGAGAAGAAUCCCUUCUUUUCCAGGAUCUCAUGGCUUUGCAUGUGGACACAGUUGGAUAAAGGGAAGCUCGGGUUGUUGGUGUCCUUGCUUCCUCCCUAACUUUUCCAAAAGCCCCAGGAAAGGGGAGCAAAAGAUGCCGGAUUUACCUGCGGGGAGCAACAGACCCAAACAGCCUCAGAAUAUCCGGCGUGAUUCUCCUGCUGUCUAUCUCAGACCAGAAGCGGAGGCAUAAUGGCAGAGAAGCGCCACUUGGACCCUAUGGGCACCGUGAGCUGCAGCAAACUCCCCCGUCUGAUGUCAGAACCGGACCAACAUCUCGCCACAGAUUUCUGCAAGUCGAGCGUUGUGCCAAACCAUGCCUCCGAAAGCUAUUACGGCUACAAAGGAUCCUACUUCACGUACCCUCUUCGCUACCACGAUGGGCCCAAACCAUUGACUCACUGGACUCCCCCUGAGGCUUACCCGCAUUGCGUGGCCGGCACAGCAAGUCACCAGCUGCAGACAGAGACGGCGCUUUGUAUGUUGUACAAACAGGAGGCGGAGAGCUUUGUGGCACGGGGGCAGACUCUUGGGCAUGAGAAGAGCGGCGAGUGCGCAUCCCGAAAUGCAUUCAAUGCUCAGGAGAGGUGGGCCGGCUACAUGGGCUAUCCAGGUUACAUCCCACAAGGCUGGAUCCACAGCUAUAUGGCCCAGCAGUCUCCCCGAGCACCCUUGGCAAUGCCCAAGCCCAUUUACCAGCACCAUGUUUACAACACUGAGUCUGGUUACAGUCUCAAAAGCUCUUUAGAUUUGGGAAUGGUAACUGAAAGUGCUUUAAAGCCACUGGAAUGGGCUCUACCUCCAUCGGGACACUUGAAUUGUACAGAGAACUCUGGUUAUGAUACUUCUGUAUCUAAGAAAGCAGCAGUUGCUGAAGCCAGUUUCCCACAAUUAUCCCCAAGGCCCAAAGAUGCGGCCAUGAGCCCGGGUGGCUUUUCCCCUUAUCGCAGGUCCUUUGAAAAAUGCCAAACUGGGCAAACUGCUUCCUUUCUGGAAGGGAGCUACUCCAGCAUGUGCAACAGUCAGAAACACAUCUCCGAAAUGCACGGAAACAGUUUUGGUAAACACUCUUGGUCUAAGCUACCUCCUCCUGCCGGCCCUUUGGCACAUCCUCCAUCCUUGAUGUAUCAAGAUAGGUCAUGCUACCCGCUCACCUCCUACCCGCUCUUAUCCCAGGAGCAAAUGUAUCUGUAUCAUCCAAGUUAUGCACAGGCAGAAAGACCAAAUUCGUUGCCGGCCUGCAAAAGGUUUGACUCUCCAGGAACUGACGAGUCCCCAAUCCAUCCAGGAUCUUAUAUUUCUCCAACACCUCGGAGUUACCAUCCCAUCCCAAUGGAGAGCUAUCCCUACAAGCGAACUGGGACUCCGAUGACUCCUCCUGGCACUCUGCUUUCAAAGGAACAAGAACACCAACCACGUUCAAUUGCCAAAGUGGCCCAGAAAUCACCACUUCCAGUGUGUGCUCAGCCUCAUGGCGCUUCUAGAGAGUGGCACAAAGACAGAGGGACCCCAGAGCAAGCCAAAGAGAAUUUUCCAAGCCAACAGCCAGCUUCGCAAUCCGGGACUUUGCAAAAGUUUCACUCGUUGAACCGGUCACCUGGCCUCUUUGGAGACUUUGCGCAAAUCCAAGAGACCAACUCUAGAGAGAGCUUUUGCCCUUCAGAGAAGGCAAAGACAAGGGAAAAGGAGCUCUCUCAAGUACCCAAGCCAUCCUCGUUUAGUUGUGAUGCCAAGAAGAAAGGUGUUGACACUCACAAAAUUGAAUCAGGAGCUUGUAUCAUUAUUUCUGACAGUCCAGGCACACCCAACAAUUCCUGCUGUAAGACAACUCAACAAGCCCUAGAUGUCCAAGAAGUCUUGACUCCCUCACUCCACAAUGGACCACAGUCACCUCAGGGAAGGGAAAAAAGUGUCAUUAAGGGACCUGAGAUCCCACAACUUCCACCUUCUCCUCCCAUGCCAGUGAUCAACAAUGUCUUUAGCUUGGCACCUUACCGGGACUACCUAGAAGGUUCUUCGGUCUCUCUGGAGAUCCCACUUUCUAAAAGUAGGCAGUUGGAAGUGACCUCUCCCAAGGAUAUGGACAAAAGUGUGGAUGUCCCCCAUUCGGCACAGCCGAAUCAUCCCAGGUCAUCAGAAGUGCUUGGGGAGAAAGAUGUUGUUGGCAACACAAUGGCAGAAACGAACAGAAAGGAGCUGAGUAACAGCUGCAUCAAGAGAGAGAAUGGAGAUGGUGUUGGGACCUGGGACAACAUGGGGCUCCCACAAUUGUCUCCAAAUGGGUCUGUAUCAAAAAAUUGUGAGACAGGCCAGUCUGAGGAAAUGAAGCGUGAAGACGGAGUGCUAGACCUCAGCUGUAAAACGGAGACCUUGGCAGACAAUGUAAGUCAUCCAAAAGGAAGUUCCAAAAGCAAUGGAGCAGAGGUGGGAAUAGUAUCAUCCAAUGGACGAGAGGUGUUGCCUGAAACUAACAGACCAGCUUCAGAGUUGCCUGUGCAAAGCAGCUCCGAAAAAAGGGGAAAUUUUCAGAGUUCUGCAACAUUCCUGUUCAAAAAAUUCAAAAUCCGCAGAUCCCCAGCAACGGAGGUAGGCUCCAUUGUGCAGCAAACCCCUUCAUUGUCGCCAACGUCUCAAAUUGCUGCUCCGUCCAAUGGCAUCUGCUCUGUGACACAAGGUGCUGAGCAAGUGGCAACUCGGCAAAACAGCCCCGUUGUUCUCCAAGAGGUGAGUUGGCAAAACAGCCCAAGAGAACUACAAAGCCCCCGUCAAGGAGUAACUCAGCAAAGCAUCUCACCAGUUCAAGAUGUGACGCAGCAAAGUUGUCUCCAGGUGGCAACUCAGCCUGAAACAAUGCAACGUUUGCAAUUGCAGUGUAUUAACAUCCAGCUGCCGGAUAUGUCAAAAGUGUUGCUUCCUAGCACAACAGCGGUGUCUCCCGUCUUGGGGACAGCCAACAUUUCCCCUCCUGCCAGUGACAAACCUCCAGAACAGCAGAGUUCACCUGGGCAGUAUUUCACCGACUUGCAUUCCUCUGUCUGCACGGUCAUCUCCUGUUCGGUGUCUGCGUCCUCUCCAGAACAGCUCAAGGAGUGGCUGGAGAAGGCCGAGUCUGAAAAAGCACUCAAGGAGAAGGCCAUGAGUCUGGCCAAGCACAAGAAUGGCGUGAAGGCCUCCGACGCUGCUAAACAGUCCAAGGGCAAGCAGGUCUGGCUGGCGUUCAAGGACGUGGUGGCUCUCUUUCGGAAGCUUCUUUCUCAGCUGGACACCUUCUUGCUGACCCAUAAGUGUCCCUUCCCUCAUGUGGUCCGUGCCGGAGCCAUCUUCAUCCCUAUCCACGUGGUGAAGGAGAAGCUCUUCCCUAACCUCCCUGGGACUUCUGUGGACCACGUGCUGCAGAACCACAAGGUAGAGCUGCGCCCCACGACUCUCUCCGAAGAGAAGCUGCUGAGGGACUUGGAGCUGAAAAGUUGCACCUCUCGGAUGUUGAAGCUCUUGGCCUUGAAGCAGCUGCCGGACAUUUACCCGGACCUCUUGACCCUUCACUGGCACAACUGUGUCAAGCAGCAGCUUGGUCCAAAUUCACAGGCCGACCUGCAUGUUUCCAAGUGAUGGCACUGGGAAGGUUUUAAAUUGCAACAGUCCGGCAAUUGCAACCGAGGUGGCCGAAUGUUUACAGGACUUGAACCAUGUUCAGAGAGAUGCAAGCAAGAGACAAACUGUCAUUCCAAGACAGUAAGAUGGGCAAAGAGGCUGCACAACGAAGUUGCCAAAGCACCCGGUGCUCGAAAGUGGUUUUUGACAGCCCAUAACAUGCUCAACACUCUUCAAGUUCAGUUCACCAAUACCUCAAAGAUCCUUCAUCAUCGGAAAUCAGUUUCUGGACAUCCGAGGGCCUUAUGUCCUCAAGUUGCCUCAUUUUCUGCUCUUUGAGUAUCCAUCAGGACAACUUUAUUCACCCCUUUGAAGGACAAUAACAAUCCUAAUGUAUAUGUUUUGUUGUAAGAAGAAUGCGGUCAAAGGAUUGCACCAUCUCCCAAAAUAAUGGUGGCAACUUAAUUUUGGUACUUGUUUUUGUGUGUGUGGCUUCAACUACCACAUUUUAGAAAUGUGAUCCAUUUGCCUUUAUAAGGAGUCGCUGCUGCCUUGAGGUUGUAGUCCAGGAAAGUUUUCUCAGUCUUUGCAGAUAAUUUUCAACUAAUGGCACACAUUGAAAUUUAGGGACAAAGGGAGAAGGAACAACAUAAUAAAACUGGCAAUUGGAUAAACUAGAGUAGAGUUUAUACGAAGAGUCAAAAACGACUGAACGAGUGAGACGACAACAGUAGAGUCUCAUUUAUCCAAGCUAAACGGGCCGGCAGAAGCUUGAAU